AUGGAAAUCGUUCACCUGCUUCUAGACUUUACGUUGCUGCCUGUGAGCGUCGCGUUCCUCCUCUUCAUCGCGCCCCUGGUAGCGGCAAUGCGCUUUGCGACGUGGGCUUUUGGCCUCUUCUUCCCGGAGGACGUUCGGGGCAAGGUCGUCGUCAUCACGGGCGCGUCGUCGGGCAUCGGUCAGGAGGCAGCGCGGGUAUAUGCGCAGAAGGGCGCGCGAUUGGUGUUGGCGGGGCGGCGGGAGGAGGAGUUGCGGCGCACUGCGGAAAUGUGCAAGAUGGAGGGCGCGGAGGCGCGCGUUGCUCUGGUGGACGUGACGGUGGCGGCGGAGUGCGAGAAGCUCAUUAACGACACCAUCGCCGCGUUCGGACGCCUGGACCAUCUGGUGAACAACGCGGGCAUCGCACACAGCUUCUUCAUGGAGGAGGCCAAGAACACGGACGUCGCGGAAGUCAUGGAAGUGAACUUCUGGGGCGCCAUCUACCCCACUUUCUAUGCACUGCCUCAUCUGCGGCGCUCCCAGGGCCACAUCGUCGUCACCUCGUCUGUGGCGUCCUUCAUCCCAUACCCCCGCAUGGCCAUCUACAAUGCAGCGAAAGCAGCGCUGGUGAACUUCUUUGAUACGCUGCGUGUGGAGGUGGGCGACGAGGUGGGCAUCACCGUUGCUAUGCCCGGAUGGGUGGAGAGCGAAAUGACGGCUGGCAAGUUCGUGACAGCCGAAGGAAGGGUUGUGUGGGACAAGGAACAGAGAGAU